CGGUUUUUCUCUGUUUCGAGGAAUCAUGCGAUUCCAUUUCCCUCUUCGGCGUCUCUCUCUGCCUCCUAAGAAAAUGUCGUCUCCGUUUUUUCACCCCCAUUCCACCGGCAGAUCUUGAGUCUGCUCUUGAGCUCUUCUCCGCGUCACUCUUUGUGUGUUUCGCAUCUCUCCUUCGUGUCUCGGAUUUUUCUCCUUUCCACAGACCUUUUUCGUCACACCAUUUCUCCAAUCCUCCCUCGAGUCUUCAGUCUUUCUUCUCCUCUUUUCUUCCUCCCUCUCUGUCCAACUCCCUCCUCUUCACCGCCGUCUUUUUCAGCGUUUCUCUCGCAGCUUUCGCCCCCGUCGCCGCCUGUUUCUCUCUUCCUCAACCUCCCUUACUUGCUCUCUGUCUUCCCCCUCGAGUCUUCAGUCCAUCUCCUCUCCUCUUUCUUCUCUUUCUUUUCUCCUCGUCUUUCUUCUCACUGUUCUUCCCUCUGUUGUUCUCCCCCGUGUCGCUCGUCUCUUUCUAAUCAUUUUUCUACGCGAGUUCCACUCCCCAGCGGGUCUACAUGGCAGCCUUUCUUUUGCGUCUUCUGCGGUCUCUUGAAAAGUGGACAAUUCUCCAAGACCAGGCCGGAGCCUCUGUGAACGAGGCUCUCAAUCUCCUCGUUGACCGCCAAUUUCUGCUAGGAGACUUUCUCGUCACGCUGCAGACGGAUGCGUCUGCUAGAGAGAAGAUCCUUUUCGGCCACAAGCAGCGAGAAGACGCUGUGCAUCAGCAGGUUCUCCGCCAUCACCGCGACUUGGCGCUUACGCAUGCAGAAAUUGCAGAGUGUGCCCGGCAGUUAGUCGCCGCUUCCAAGGGCGCGUCCCGGAAGCCAUCUUCUGCGGUCAGUCGAAGUUCUCAGUUUCCUUCUGCAAGUUCAGGACAAAGCAGUCAAGGGAAAAGAGCCUCCGCCCGUGGUACGGCGCCGCUUUCUCCUGCGCCGGAGACUCUCUUCCUCGAAGAAAUCGGCGCUUUUGCGGCAGAGGUGGAGGAGGCCUACAGGCUUCAACUGGACCUGCAGAAUCGCCUCAUCGCCGUCUAUAGAGAGAGACUGUCGCCGUUCGAUCGCGACGAGAUGCAGCGAAUUCUUGCGGUGUGGAUGGACAGGCCCUGCGAAUGGAGUGUCGCGCGCGGAGGUCGCAGACAGACGAUUCUGCGCGAGUUGAAGAAACACUUGCGGCUUCCUAUUUGACAGAAGAGCGAGGGCGUCUGUCAGAUGAACGAGGCGAGGAUGACGAAGACAGAAGAACGCUUGUUCCCUCUAGCUGUUUCCGAAAGACUUGCAGAGGCGAAACAUUGACGAGCAUGCCUGUUGUCAAAGAGGCGUCGGUGUAUACGUGUAUGUUUUUAUCAACUCAUGUAUAUGUGUGUGUGGAAAUGGAGAAAACGAGGAAGAGAUUUCUAGAAGUAUAAAUAAAACUAGUAUUUUUCAGGUUGUGGGUUCACAGAACGGAGUACGGGUGAGCUUCUUUCGACCGUCCUGUAAAGUGAGAGGGCCGUGGGAAGUCGGGCCGUCUGUUGAGGUGUCUUGGAUUUAGGCAAGUGAGACGCGACAACCUUUUCGUAGGCCAAACAACUUGGCGAAGAAGCUCGGGAUCUCAAGCGCCUUUUAUGGACGCAUGCGUUGACCACGGAGUCCCCUCGUGCGUACAAACCGGUGGAAGAACUUCCUCGUGGAACAGCCGCAAAGCCGCUGUUGAGACAUCGGGUGUCUGUCCACUGCGGCAUGGACUGACGCAUGCACUGAAAACCACAACUUUAGCCUGAAAAGUCGUCCGUCACGAGAGACGUUCUUGGCAUCUGAAAAAAGGAUCGCUCUGCUUCGGAAGGGCCGCGG